CAAAGUUAUCACGUUCCAACUGCGGCUCUGAUAAAAAUUUUUCAAAAGAUAUUUCCUCUUUUAUGUCCUCGCAAUAAAUUUUUCUUACAAUUUAAUUUAUUCCAAUAUGUCACGCUUUGUAUUCUAUGUUCGGUCACGUCUCGCAUUCUUUCUCACAACAAGGAAAUAAAAUACACGAUAUCUCGAUGAUCCUUUUAAUAACUGAGAAAUAUGCCGGAAGAAAUUAAAAACGAUAAACAAAUGUCCGACAACCGGAAAUGUAUAUAGUUAUGAAUAAAGACGAGGCAGAGACGCGGAAUAAAAUGACAACAAUGAAAUGAAACGAACGACAUAGUGGCAAAUCAUUGCAACAUCUUUUUUCUCGACCGGAUGGAAUUCUUAUAUAAAUGAGAGAAAAGAAGAGAAUUAAUCAAGUACAGAGUACAAAGUAACUACGUGAUAAUGUGGUCGACUUGGGUAAAGGGUAUAACGUUAUUGCUCUUGAUCUCUUCUGUCUUGGCUCAAGAUGGAUGCGCUUGCGGCAAUCUUGGAUCAGGUAACAAUCCAUGCAGCUGUAACGACGUCAUCGUUAAAGCUACCGAAGUGACGAAACCUAUACAAUAUGUAUCUCCAGAAGCAAUAAACGAAGCUGUAAUAAUCCGUGAAGGUGGAAAACCGGGAUGUUCUGAAACGCAAACUAAUACAUUGAUUACAUCGGACUUUAGUACUGCGACUACACAAUCGGAUACUACAACUACUGUAAUUGAUAAUACGUUAACUCCAAGCAAUGGUAUUUCUAGUUCGUCUAUCAACCUAGACGUUCCCAAUAAAUAUUCUUCCUCCGACUUGAUCAGUGUCACCAGUCAGACAGAAGUUCCUCCUUCGGAUAAUAAUGUCCAAAUAGUACCUAGUUUCUCGCCUAUCAAUAAUCUUUGCAAUCCGAGCAAACUAACGGCAUUACACACAACAUUAGGAACACGCGUUAAAGUAACUCCUGCGUAUCCUGUUAAAAUGAGAUGUUGUAAAGGUAGUCCUUAUCAAGAAUGUAUCAAGUACAUAUCGGGUAUUCGUGGUAAUCCUUCUAGCGUGACAACUCACAUCGGAACUCCUACCGGAUUGCCUCAAUUCGGAAGUGGAAGUUACAGCUCUAAUAUCAUUUACGAUAUUCCUACACCUUUUGGAACUCCUAACGGACUGUCUCAAUCAGAAUCCGGAAUUGGAAGUUACGAUACCUCUAGUAUCAUCAACGAAACUCCUUCUCUUUUUGGAACUCCUAACAGAUUGUCUCCACUGGGAUUCGGAAGUGGAAAUUACGGUAGCUCUAGCACCGUUUACGAUGUUUCUAAUCCCUUCGGAACUCCUAAUGGAUUGUCUCAACCAGGAUUCGGAAGUGGAAGUUACAGUACUUCUAGCAUCACCUACGAUACUCCUACUUCUUUCGGAAAUACCAACGGAUUUCCUCAAUCUGAAUUUGGAAACGGAGGUUACACUAGCUCUAAUAACAUCUACGGUACUCCUUUUGGAACUGCUCCAAAUGGAUUUCCAUCGCAACGUCGACCACAAGACCAAUUACCAGCAGAUCCCAUAUCGUUGACUCUUGCUUAUAAAAAUCUGGUUGCACCGCAGAUAUAUUAUAACAAAGGAAAGAAAUUAGUAUCGGAGGGAAGUAUAUCGUUCGGACAUAGAACAUUGCCGGUCGAACUGAAGAAAGAAAAGAAAUUGAUCGAUGUACCCGAAGAAAAACUUGUUAUCGUCGAUAGGCCUAUCGUCGAAUUGAAACACUCUCCUGCAAGUUCUACGAUAAUCGGAGAGAACGACGACGACGACGAUGAUAAUCUUGCCGAGCUUGAAGCUAUGGAGCGAGAAAAUUUGGAACAGAGAGAACAAGUCAAUCGCGUGAGAACGAAUUUUUUAAGUUACGGAGACGUAGGUUACCGACCAAUCGAUAUAAACGUUGUCGAGCCAGGCCUCACCAUAAACAUACCUUCGUCAAAUCCUCAAGGAGUAGAUCAAAGGAUUGUACCAAAUGGAGAAGAAAAUGGCGUAGGUGGAAAAUUAAUUGGAACAAAUGUAGGAUAUAAAUCGAAAGGAUCUUGCGGACCAACUGGACCACCUUUACCAGGCUAUAUACCAGGAGCUGUAAUAAUCAAAAACGAAGUCGAAACGGAGAUACCAAGAGAUAUUGAACAGAUUGACACGAAUUCUUACAACUACAACGUCGAUAACAUUGAAACUAACGAGGACAUCCAACUUGGUCCAGAAUCAGGAAUCAUAGCCAGAUUACGCAAUGCAGCACGAAAACAUUCGGUAUCGUCCUUGUGUUUUCAAUGAUGACCUACUUUAGCUCGCUCGAAUACAUGGAGAAAUUCUAAUCGUCUAUUAAAUAUCAAACGUAUCGUUUGAAAUCUUUAUCGUGCCAUCUUGUUUCGAGUAUAAAAUAUUUACUUGAAACAUGUGAUACAUUUAGCGAAUAUACAUACA